GAUCACUUCCUGUUUUCAUAUUUUUUUUGGUUAAUGGUCUGUGGUGGUAGGCAACGGAUUUGAUUUUGAUAAACCACUAAAAUGUCUUCUAAACCCACUUGUCUAAUUGUGGCCAGUGCAGCUGCACAAGGAGUGUCUGCUCGGUCGUUCCAUCAAGCCUUCUGUCUCUGCAGUUCGGUGUUCAACCUGCAGACGGCGACACCAGGGGGGAAGCCCAUAGAUUUUGUCGGGGUGGAUGAAACCACAGCCAGAUGGGUACAAGACUUCAGCCAAAAGUCUUUUGCAACCCCAGCCAAGUUGGAGUCAAUAGAUGGUGCUCGGUACCAAGCUCUGCUGAUUCCAGACUGUCCUGGGGCUCUCACUGACCUGGCGCACAGUGGCUCUCUGGCACGUAUCCUCGCACACUUCACCUCACAGCAGAAGCCGGUGUGCGCUGUGGGACAAGGUGUAUCUGGUCUGUGCUGUGCCAUAGUAGAGGGACAGAGGUGGAUCUUCUCCGGCUACAGUCUCACAGGGCCGUCUGUGUUUGAGCUGGUGAGGAGCCCAGACUUUGCCAACCUGCCUCUGAUCGUGGAGGACUUUGUCAAGGACAGCGGAGGAUCAUACACCGCUAGUCAGGAGGAUGCCGUGCAUGUAGUGAUCGACAGACACCUGGUGACCGGACAGAACAUACAGUCUACGUCAGUCGCUGUCAAUAACCUCAUCAUGCUCUGUAAUGGAAAGUAACAUGUCUUCUGUUCUGCUACGUAGGGACCAAGCUAACAAGCCUUGGCCGGGAUUCAAUCCGAUCUGCUACGUAGGGACCAAGCUAACAAGCCUUGGCCGGGAUUCAAUCCGAUCGUGCUUUGUCGGCUAUGUGCCACUUAAAGGUAAUCUGCCAUUGAAUCAACAUAUGCAGCAUUUACCAUGAAUGUGCGGGAACAUUGCCUUUAAAGAGCAACUGCCUUUUUAAAAAGCAACAAAUCCAUUUGAAAACUGCCAAUUUGGUAUUGAUAUGAGUUAGAAACAGUUGUUCUAGUGUCAACAUUUAAUACAAAGUGUAAAUAGGAUAAUUCUGGUCAUAAAGUCAGUCAUCUAAAACAGAGUUUGGAACAUCCGUGCGUCACUACGGGUAAAUGAAGGUUGGGGUUUUGAUUUGACAAUGUCCUUUUGCCCGCUAACAUGGGGUGAACAGCUGCAGUGAUUGCUCUCUAUCCAAUAGCAUAGACAAGUGAGACAGACCUGCUCAGCAGCGUCGACUUUGUUUACAUAAGACAACAAGUCACGCAUUUCUUUACUUGAGAAAUACUGCACCAAACACCUUAGAUGUAAAAUUACACAACUAAAACAUCCUUGGCAAAAACGUCUACAUUUAUUACAGAUGGAUUGAGUUAUCUUAGAUUCAUUCUGGGGAUUUUGAGGAAGUGAAAAUUGGCUGUCGCGUCUACAGUGUCUCAUGGGGGACAAACAUAAUUAACCAAACACGGAAUCGGUCAGGAAACACACCUGCAAGACUGAAAUGUGGUUUUUCUAAUGAGCAACAGAAAAACACUGGCCAAUCUGCGUGUUCCAUGGCUCUUUAAAAGGUGCAUUGCCCACAAAGCGCGAUCGGAUUUAAAUCCCAGCCUUAUUUUGACAUGAACGGGAUAUGAUCGAUAUCAUUUAGCAGACACGGCUCAUACAAUACAGUAAGAAAACGGAACCUUUCAAAUACAGAAGCAAAACCUCAAAGUAGACUUCCUUUACAUUUAGUUAUAUGAAGGACAAAUAUAAAGGGUCUGGGUAAAAAGGGAUUUAGUAAUAUAUUUGAUCAUGACGUUUAGUUGGGCCUUGAGGACAUGCUGUACGUGUGACUCCUGUUUUAUGUAUUGUACACCAGGGUUGGGUCAAUUCCAUUUCCAUUCAGAAAGUAAGUCAACCAAAUUACAAUUAGAUUCCAAUUUUUCCUUAUAAUAAUAUAAAUUAUAUGCCAUUUAGCAGACGCUUUUAUCCAAAGCGACUUACAGUCGUGCGUGCAUACAUUUUUACGUAUGGGUUGUCCCGGGGAUCGAACCCACUACCCUGGCGUUACAAGCGCCGUGCUCUACCAAUUGAGCUACAAAGCAUUGAAGAGAAUUGGAAUUUCAGUUCACUUCCUGAAUUGACUGGAAUUUAAAUGGAAUUGACCCCAGCCCUGCAGUACAGUAGCUGUUUCUAGUACUUCUAGAUCGGCUACCACAUGUCAAACCUAAUCAAGCAGCAACCAGUGAAGGUAUUAGAAAAAGUAGCACUGUAUCUAUGUAGGACUUCAAUUUCUAUUGUCGAUUACAUUUUUAUAUUAAAAAAACAACACUGAA